GAUACGAUCAUUCUGGCUAAGUAAAUACUUAAAAUAGUGUCAUUACAGAUAACAACUUAGCCAUUUGACCACACAUACACACACACACACACACCCACACCAAUAUAUUUCAAAGAAUGCUUAUGUACCUUAUUAUACAAAAAGUGGCUUGAAAAGUCUCAAGCAAAGUCACACUUGUUAUAUUUGAACAAGUCAGUUUUUUCAAUGGCCUACAUAUUGGACAUAAAAUUUACCUUUUAUUUUUUUUUAAAGGCAGUAAAGUGGGAUUAGGAUAUUAAACUACAUUUUCAUUUGUGAAUGAUAAAAUUUUGAAAGAUAGCUCUAUUUAGUGUGGAUUAAUUUUAAUGCUAUUGUAAAAGUUUAACUUUACUAUUAUGUAUGCAGGAAACUAGAACUUGAGAAAUCAUACAUUUGACUGUAUAAGAAUGGGAUGACCAACAUUCGGCACAUGCACCAAAUAUAUUCAUGUGUUGAAGAUCAUAGAAUUUUGACAUGCCUAUGUGGACAAUUCAUUUAGAGGGUGGUCCCAGGCGUGUUAAUCAUGCAGCUGUUGCUAUCCGUGAUUACAUCUUUUCAUUUGGUGGAUAUUGUACUGGAGAAGAUUAUGAAGAGACCACACGACCGAUGGAUGUACACAUUUUGGAUACCUUAUCAUUACGCUGGCGUUUACUGCCUGCUCCAGAUAGCUAUGAUAAUAAAAAUGGUGACAUACCGUAUCAACGGUAUGGACAUACAGCUGUCUCGGUAGAUGAUUGUGCUUAUAUAUGGGGAGGAAGAAAUGACAAAGAUGGAGCAUGCAAUAUUCUGUAUUGUUUUAAUGGAGUUACGUUAGAAUGGUCUAAACCAGAAGUUCAUGGAUGUUUGCCUGGUGCAAGAGAUGGACAUUCUGCCUGUCUUAAUGAAAACAAAAUGUUUAUAUUUGGAGGUUUUGAAGAAGAGAUAGACAGAUUUUCUAACGAAGUGUAUGUCCUUGAUUUCAACACAAUGACUUGGAGCUAUGUCAAAACAUAUGGUACUCCAGCACGAUGGCGUGAUUUUCAUACGGCAGUAAAUGUUGGAUGUAAGAUGUAUAUAUUUGGUGGUAGAAGUGAUGAAGGGGGAGAUAUAUUUACUAAUCAUGAGAUAUACUCUAAUAAAGUACAUAUGUUGGAUACUAAUACUUGUACAUGGAGUGAACUAUCUAUAACAAAUAGUAUUGUACCAUCUGGACGACGCAGUCAUUCAGCAUUUUAUUAUGAUGGUUUAAUGUAUAUAUUUGGAGGAUAUAAUGGUAUCUAUGAUCAACAUUAUAAUGAUGUGUUUGCCUUAGAUCCUGUACGUAUGGCAUGGAGAGAAGUUAAGAUAAAAGGUAAUCAGCCAUGUCCACGUAGACGUCAGUGUUGUUGUGUUAUUGGAUCCUGUGUCUUUCUAUUUGGUGGAACCAGUCCAAAAGAUCAGCCAGCCCGUAAUGAAAUAGAUCUUAUUGAUCAUUCUGAUUUAUAUGUUCUAGACUUUUCUCCUUCCUUGAAAACAUUAUGUAAUUUAGCUGUGUUAGAAUAUAAAUUAGAUACCAAAUGCUUACCUAUGAGCUUGAGGUGGGAUUUAUCAGCUAUGACAACUAAUAAUACCAUCAGUCGAUCUUGUAAUACAAAUGGCUGAUUAGAUUAUAUCUUCUGUUAUUGGUCAGUAAAACCAGGAAUUAAACCAGAAGUACAAUCCAUUUUUUUAUGUUUUUUUAAAUCACAUGUAGUCAUUUUUACCAAAUAGGGUCUCGGAUACUAAUAGAAAUACACAUUCAUUGUUCCACUUUCUAAUAAACUCCUCCUUCAUGUGUAUUUAUGACCAUUGAAUUAUGAAAUAACCAAUAAAAAUUUGAAACCAUUAAAAACGAAUGAAUGAAAUGAGGUUUAAGGUCCUACGUUUUUGCACCAACCAGGCUAAUGAAUGAAGAAGGGCAUUCCAUUAUGCCAUACAGUGUGCUAUAAGGGAAAUUUUGCCCAGACAGCAAUUGAAUUACAACUGUCAUGUUUUCUUUUACAAGCACAAUAAUGUACACAGGAUGUCAGAUUUUCAGCUCACAUGAAUGACGUGACAGUGUCUUUGCCAAGCCCUCCAUUAAAAACAGUAAAUAAUUAGUAUUUGUUGGGUACCAGUAAUAAUGUGCUCAUUCCUGGAAUUCAUGAGUGUAACAAUGCUUUUAGUAUAGUUUCUAACCAAAAGGUCAACAAUUUACAUGAAUAAUUUCAUAUUGCCAAAGUAUUUUCCAUUUUCUAUAGGUCGGAAGGGUGUGCAGUUAAGCUAAAUGAUCUGCUUUGAAAACAGACCUGGAUUUAUGGAAAUCUUUAGUACAAAUUUAUUGUUAUGCUACAAUAAAUGUUACUAUUAUAUAUAUUUUCUAAAUGGUUUUUUGAUACACAAUAUAUUUCAGUACACAGGUGAUGAAUUAAAAAAAAUAUAUAUUAUUGCAGUUUUCUAUAUCAUUAAUGUACAUUGAAUUAAAAAUUUUACUAAAGAAAUGCAAUUUCUUCUAGUGCUCACUCAAAUAUUCAUGUAUUUUUUGGUAUUUGUUGUUAAUUUCAAUGUCAAUUAAAACAAAUAAAGAAUCAGAGUUGUUUUUUUAUAAUAUUGAUAAUAAAGGGCUAAAAUUAAAAAAAAUAUAAAUUAACAGAAAACGAAUAUGUUAUAUGAACUUGAAAGCUUUACAAUUUCUAGACAUAAAGGUGCACUACCGGUAUAAAUAAGCCCAAAAUAGAUCAUUUGAAUUGAAUUAAAUGGCAUUCAAAUAUUAAAAUCAAUUUGACCACUAAUUACAAGAAUAACAUUUUUUCCUAUGUUUGCCUUAUUACCUGUAUAUUGUUACUUUACGUGAUGUACUUUGAUUCUGUUUAUUAUUUAUUAUUGAUGUUUAAUAUAGUAUAUAUUCUAAUUGAUGUACAGGUAGUACAAUAGCUUAGAUUUAUAAAAGUAUGACAAUACCAUUAUAACUAUAAACUGAACAGGUCUUUUGUAACUAUGAUUUUAUAGCAAUGUGUUAAAGGCCAUAUAAUGUGAAUAUGAUAAAUUGACAUAUUUGCUUCAUUGUAAGUAUAUCAUAAGUAUAAGAUAACUUUAUACUGUGAGUUUUUAAGUCUAGAUUGUCGUUUUAGUCAAAGGUGAAAUUUUCCCAUUUGAAAAUAUUUUUUUUGUCAAGGUACAUGUAAAUUAACUUUAUAGUUAUACUUUCAGUUUUCAUUCUUGUGAAUAUGAAUGAUGCAAUCUUUUUAAAGAUUCAGAAUUGAAACAUGUUGAAAUAUAUUUUUAAAUUCUCAAUGCACAUAAAAAUCAAAUUUACAUAAUUUUGGGUCCCUUGUCCCAACAGUGAAAUAUUUUUGAUAAUUUAUAAUAUAUAUUUUAUAUGUAAAUAUUCGAUGUUAGACAGUGCUGUCUCGAGAUCUUAUAUGUAGCUAAUUUAUACAAUUAAUAUGUAAAUAAAUUAAUAAUCAUUACAGAAAUUGUAGACAAAUUGUUACUGGUAAUUCGCAUUUAGCAUUGAUAAGUGAUGCAGUUGCACACAUAUUCCUGUUAUCUUGUAUAUGUUAGGUUGUUUCAUUUUUUUUUGUAUUUUGUAUAGUGAUCAUGUAACAAGAAGUAUAUUGUAAUCCUAUGUUGAAAUCUUCUAGAAGAAAUGUGUUAAGGAAGGGGGUGGGAGAUUAUGUAUCUCUCACCAGUUCCUUUCAAAAUGGAUUAAGAACCCCUCAAGGGACCUUUACAAAGUUGUGGGUUUGCAUACUUUGAUGAAAUAUUUUAAGUUUCAUGGUAUAAAAAUUAGUCAGAAUUGUUUUUGAAACUUUUUCUAAUAUUCUUAAUAAUAAAGUAUUAUGGGUGGUUUUUUUUAAAGUUUGAUUUUAAAAUAUAAAUUCAUGAUGAUUUGUAUUUUAUAAGGUUUGCAUAUAAAUGUAAAACAUCAUUUAAAUGUAUUUAGUUAAUAAUUAUUUGUUUUACAUAAAUUGUUGUGUGAGUUUCAAAACUAUUUCAUACACAAUAAAAUUUGUUACCAAUAAUAAUGUUA